GCCUGCCAGGGGCAGCUUUCCCUGCAGGAUGGGAGCGGGGCUGGGACAGCUCCGCUGCCUUCGGCCGGAGCCCCCAGCUCCCCUGGGAACCCCGGCUGCCGCUGAGCUGCGUCAUUGCAGCAGCCCCGCAACGACGGAAAAUUAAAGCGGGGAGAGCGAAGCGUCCCUGAGUAGCAGCCAGGGCAGGAGGGAGCGGGGCCGGGCUCCCCUGGCCGGGAGGGAGCGGGGCAGCGGCCGAAACAGGAACCGAACGUCGGAGGAGGAGUAGAAACAGCCCGGGCAUUGCCACCAGGGCACUGCCACCAGGGCACAGCCACUGCCACCCUGAGACUGCCAGUGUCACCCCAGCACUGCCGCAGCCACCCCGGCACUGUCAGCCACAGCCCUGGGGGCACCGGUGGCAACUGCGUGGCUGCCCCGGGCUCUGAGGGGCCGGAGUGCGAGCAGCAGGAGGGAGCCAGCCCCGCGUGGGUGUCACAGCGGUGUCACGGGCUCGGCUGGCAGCGGCAUCUGCGGAGCAGAGAGAGCUGCGGCCGCUGCCGUGGCGGGACAGCCCCGUCCCGGGGAGCUCGGUCCUCUCCAGGUGAGGAGCCCCCUCGGGAAUUAGUGCUUCAGGCACGGUCCCGGCCCCGAGGCCAUGCCCGAGCGCGGUGAGGGCUCCGUGCAGCUCCCCCACGAGCGGCAGCCCCGGCCCGGCCAUGGAGAGCUCAGAGGUGGAGUCGGACAUCCUGCGGCGGGUGCGGGCGCUGCUGCGGGAGCUGGACGGGCACCACCCGUCCUGCCAGAGCGACCGAGGGAUGCUGCGAUGGACCCUGCACAAGAAAAUCCAGCAGAAUCCCGGCACCAGCUGUGUCCUGGUCAGGAUCCUGGUGAAGGAGCUGGAAAGGGCAGAGCGAGGGGACCUCCGGCGCUACAUCAUCCCCCUGCUGCACACGCUGAUGUACACCUUGAUCCAGGCUCCCCGCGUCCCUGACGAGCUCUGUGCCAGGGUUUACGACUUCUGCAAGAGGCUGCUGACGCUGCCCCAGCCCUUCUGCACCAUCGGGCUGGACUACGCCAGCAGGCUGCGGGUGGAGAGGACAGCCCCAGGAACGCUGUACCGAAGGAUGGUCAUUUCGGAGCACGGCCUGCCCAGCGCCCCGGCCCCCUGCCAGGAGAGGAUUUUCAUCUUUGCUGACCCGGAGCUGCUGCCCGAAGCCGUCUGCAAGGCGCUGCUCAGCGACACCGAGGCGGCCCGGCUGUCCCAGAGCCCCGGGGGCUGCAUGGGCUGCGUGGUCACCCACACCCUGCAGGCGGCUCUGGGUGACACCUGCGACAUCCACGGCCUCAGGGCCCGACUCCAGGCGCUGUCCCCGGGGGACGUGGAGCGCUGGUUCCAGCAGGUGGUGGCGGCCGUGGAGGAGGGCUCGGAGCGGGGCCAGCGCACGGCGCGGCUGGAGGGGAUCUACCGCGGCCUCCUGGGCUCCCAGCCCGCAGGGAAUGCUCCCCGGGAAGGGCUGCAGGGGACCCCUCUGCCCAACCCCGACAUCAGCUUCCACCUGUGGACAGAAGAUGAGCAGCUCUGGAAGGAGCUGGUGCUGUUCCUCCGCCCGCUGUCGCAGAGCUGCGAGCCCGAGUGCCUCGGGCAGGACCCGGACGCGGCGGAGGUGCCGGACAUCCUCUCGGAGUGCGACUGCUGCGGGCAGAGCCGCUUCUCGGUGCUGUCCACGGACAGCGGCAUCGAGCGGGACCUGCCCGCGCAGGAGGAGCCCUGCGCCGAGCCCGAGCGCUCCCGGCUGCACAGGAAGGGCGGCAUCAAGAAGAAGCCGUCCCCGCUGGACAGCGUGGCCCUGCUGCAGGCUGGCAGCGCCGCCCCCGCGGGGAAGAGCCCCGGGAAGCUGCCCGGGCGGCCGGGAAUGCCCCCGGAGCAGAGGCUGCACACCGCCCGCCUGGUGCUGCUGGGGGACGACCGCAUCCUGGGCCGCCUGGCGCAAGCCUUCCACUCCCUCAGGAAACGGGAGGCGCGGCGGGUGUUCCUGUCGGCCCGGCUGAACCUGCAGUUCUACCACAUCCCCGUGCUGCCGGGGCAGCCGCGCCCCUCGGCUGCUGCGGACCACGCCGGGCCCGAGGAGCUGUGCGAGGUGGCGGGGUACCUGGGCAGGGCUGACCCCUGGUACGAGAGCAACGUCAACACGCUGUGCCACAUGAUCCCCAAGCUGGCCACCAUGCCCUCGUCGCCGAGCAGGGCCCUGGUGACCGACCUGUUCCUCACCGAUGUCAUCGCCUACUACGCCCGCAUGGGCACCCAGCCCGUCUGCUUCCAGGUGCACUCUGUCAAGGUCCUGUUCCAGGACCCAGCACAGGACCCAGCUGAGGACGUGUUCCUCACGGAGCUGCUGACCCAGGCGCAGGACAGCCCCUCCCACAGAGAGCUGAGCACGGCCAAGAGGAAAGGCCCCCUGGAUGGCCCUGGCAUCGAUCUCACCGUCACCUACAGGAAGGUUGUGCUCAGUGACCGGCAGAAGGAGCUGGCCCUGUCCCUGCGCUCCACGGGCCUGCUGAUGAAAGCCAUCCCUGCUGAGGAGGCUGAAGGUCUGGGCUGCCUGAGUGUGACCAUCACCGAAAUCAUCAGGACCAACCACCUGGCAGGACGGUCGUUCUCCGCUGUGGCAAACAGGUUCAAAACACGGCACCUCAAGGUCAGGAGCCCAGAGCAGAGACCCUUCACAGUGCGGCUGGACAAGGACAGCAGGAGAACCUACCGGGACGUGAUCGGCCUGGAGGUGUCUCCCUGCCUCGAGCCCAGCUACUGCCUGCAGAAGACGAGGACCAUGAAACUCAGCCCCGACGGAGCAGAAGAGGUGGGGCUUGUGAAAUACCUGCCCAAGUCUCUGCUGCUGCCCAUCAACACCUUCGCAGGAGUCACCCAGUGAAGGAAACGGGAAAAGCUGCCGCGAGUUACGGCGUGGGGUCAGCACGGAGGAUGUGGGGAAAGAAUGCGCCAGCGGUGACUUUGGACGGCAGUGGUGUGGAGAGCUGGAUGGGCUGGAGGGCACAGCCGUGCCCUGCUGGUGACAGUGUGACAAUGGCUCACAGCCCUGCCAGGGGCACAGCCGUGCCCUGCUGGUGACACUGUGACAGUGGCUCACAGCCCUGCCAGGGGCACAGCCGUGACCUGCCGGUGACAGUGACAGUGGCUCACAGCCCUGCCAGGGGCACAGCCGUGACCUGCUGGUGACAGUGUGACCAUGGCUCACAGACCUGCCAGGGGCACAGCCGUGACCUGCUGGUGACAGUGUGACAGUGGCUCACAGCCCUGCCAGGGGCACAGCCGUGACCUGGCGGUGACACUGUGACAGUCCCUGCCAGGGACACAGCCGUGCCCUGCUGGUGACAGUGUGACAAUGGCUCACAGCCCUGCCAGGGGCACAGCCGUGACCUGCUGGUGACAGUGUGACAGUGGCUCACAGCCCUGCCAGGGGCACAGCCGUGACCUGCUGGUGACAGUGACAGUGGCUCACAGCCCUGCCAGGGGCACAGCCGUGACCUGGCGGUGACACUGUGACAGUCCCUGCCAGGGACACAGCCGUGCCCUGCUGGUGACAGUGUGACAAUGGCUCACAGCCCUGCCAGGGGCACAGCCGUGACCUGCUGGUGACAGUGUGACCAUGGCUCACAGCCCUGCCAGGGGCACAGCCGUGACCUGCUGGUGACAGUGACAGUGGCUCACAGCCCUGCCAGGGGCACAGCCGUGCCCUGCUGGUGACAGUGUGACAAUAGCUCACAGCCCUGCCAGGGGCACAGCCGUGACGUGCUGGUGACAGUGACAGUGGCUCACAGCCCUGCCAGGGGCACAGCCGUGACCUGCUGGUGACAGUGACAGUGGCUCACAGCCCUGCCAGGGGCACAGCCGUGACCUGCUGGUAACAGUGUGACCAUGGCUCACAGCCCUGCCAGGGGCACAGCCGUGACCUGCUGGUGACAGUGUGACAAUAGCUCACAGCCCUGCCGGGGGCACAGCCGUGCUGCAGGACUGAGCUUUCACCCUUUGCACAAGUCAGGGAACAUCUCGGAGCUCCUCCCUUCGGGAGCAGUGAGGAAGAUCCGUGGCAGGUGCUGCUGGCUGUCCUGCGGGCCCAGCGCCGCUGGCAGCAGCAAUGUUUGUUUUGGAGAUGUCCCACAGCCCAGCAGGGAUCAGUUUUCACCUCACAACCCAAACACGGCUGGUGCUCCCUGUGCCGGACUCGGGCAGCGGACAUUCUGUCCCUGGAGGAGGCUGGGGGCUCACAGGGACAUCGGGAAAUCCCUGCACAAGCAGAGGUUGUUGGGAUAACGUGGGGUUUAGGGGUGACCCGUGGCUCUGCACCCCUCUGCCUCUUCGGGGCCUCGCUCUAGGGUUUGGACACACAAAGGGCUUUGAGCUGGGCCGGAGUGGGGGCUGUGUGUCCAGAGUUUGCUCUGUACAGCUGUAAAUUAUGUAGAUGGAUGAUAAAUUAUUUGUAUAGGUGUCAUGGAUGACUCGUAGCAGAGGGUGCAAUCCUUUUAAUGCCAGUUGGGAGAAAUGAAAAACCCAAGCUGGAACUGCCAGCUGGUUGUGGCUGUGGGUUUGCACGUGGCUGGGGACGGAUGCCCAGGAGUUCCACCUGAAGAUGAGGUUCAGCUGCUCCCUGUGCAGAGCCCAGCCCUGAACAGAUCGUCCAGAGAGGGUGUGGAGUGUCCCUCACUGAUCCAGCUGGACACAAUCCCGUUCCAUGCGCCUCCCGUCCGUGUCCCCCGCGCCCCGGCGGGAUGAGGGCAAGUCCCGGGCUGGCCCCUGGUUUGUGCAGCCACCACCCCAGAAAGAGAAAGGGGAAAUUAUUCCUGUCCCUCGCUGACCAGGGGACCCCCAAAGCAUCACCUGGGCACAGGUGUGCAAGCAGAGAGCAGCACUCCUCCAUGCCAGAGGAUCUCCUUCACUCUGGGCUAUCCCAGGUCAUUCCCAGCUGGAAGUCACUGGUUUCCAGCCUUCCUCUUUUAAUCCCUUCCUGGGUUAAACCUCCUUACCUGCCCUGCCUUCACCUCCAAGGCACAGCCCCUCUCCAGGAGGUGAGUUUUGCUUAUCAAUAAAAAUAAUCAAUGGUCUGA